ACACAGUGCUGAGCUGCAUCUCAAAUUAAUCUGCAUGACAAUUGCUACUUGCACAACACACCCGAAUCUCCAACUCAACUCUCAGCGGUUGAGUUGCAUCGUGGGGAGUUGCCAGGGUUUGACAAGGAAGUAGAAUGUGUGGAUUAAAAGAGACGAUAUAUCGGGUAGGAUCCUGUUUUCUUUAUCCAUUUUGAGUCUGACAGUGUCAUAGGUGUCAUGGUCCUGGGAUUUUUUCAUAGUCUGUUUCCUGUUUUAUUUUGAAAGUUCACUCCUCAUGUGUCAUGUUUGGUUUUACUUCCUGUCUUUGUAGGUUUUCCCGCCUGUUUUUGCCACACCUGUUUUUCAUUAGUUAAUUAGUCCAUUGUGUAUAGUCUUUGUGCUGCCCUCUCCUCGUGACAGUUUGUCGUAGUCCAGCCUGUUGAAGAAAGUUUGUUUCCCAGUGUUUCAGUGUUACUGGUCUGUUUUGGGAUUUGCCUCUGUUGCCUGCCUGUUUUUGGACUGCACUCUGGAUUGGAGGGAAUAAAAAACAGAGGGCGCCUUCAAUUUUUCCUUUGAGUGUAAGUGUGUUGCUGAAGACUGGAUGCGCUGGUACUCUGCUGCUGGUUCUGGUGACUGAUCCUCCCAUCUGUCCAUCUGAGUGUGUGUGAUUGUCUUAUCCUGGGGUCCCAAGGCUUUGCGCUGGCUGAACAGCCAUGGAGGUGGCCCUGGUAGACUUUGGGAGUCUGGAUGAUCUUGACGGCAGCUUUGAGGAUGAGGUGGACACCUACGCCGAUGAGACCACGGCUCUCACGAUGGACAUGCCCCCAGAGCACGGCAGCCCGAGCAGCAACUACCUUAUGCGAGCCUCUCAGUUUUCCUGUACGCCCGUGCCCUCCUGCAUUUGGGAAUCCACCUCAUCUUCGCCCAUUCCACAAACACAAACACUGGGAGUACCCCAAUCCCCAACCAUGCCAAGUCCAAGCAGACGAGGGCGCAGUAGCUGCGCCAGCAUGAUCUCCAACUGGAAACUGCUGCUAAACAGUGAGGGCACUAAGGAGAGUGAGACGAUCUUCAGCCGGCUCGCUAAGGAGUGCUGCGAGGACCUGUUUGUAGAUAAACGAGGGCUGGACGACGGAGACCAGAAGGUCAUCAUCAACAUCGCCGGUCUUCGGUUUGAGACGCAGCUCAAAACCUUGGACCAGUUUCCUGAGACGCUUCUGGGAGAUCCUAUGAAGAGGAUGGACUACUUUGAUCCAAUGAGGAACGAGUACUUCUUUGAUCGGAACCGACCCAGCUUUGACGGCAUCUUGUAUUACUACCAGUCAGGCGGUAAGAUCAGACGUCCGGCUAACGUUCCCCUGGAUGUGUUUGCAGACGAAAUUGUGUUCUAUGAGCUCGGAAGUGAGGCCAUGGAGCAGUUCAGAGAAGAUGAAGGAUUCAUAAAGGACGUUGACAUCCCUCUACCUAAUAACGAUGUGUACCGGCAAUUCUGGCUGCUGUUUGAGUACCCAGAGAGCUCAAAUGCGGCCCGAGGUGUAGCACUUGUGUCUGUUUUUGUUAUUGUCAUAUCCAUCAUUAUUUUCUGCAUGGAAACGCUGCCAGAAUUCAGAGAUGACCACGAUUCAAUUGUGCCCACAGCGGUGCAGCCUUUCAACCAAUCUAGAUCUCACAGUUCUGAGGCCCCAGCUGGUACGAAGCCCACAACUUUCUCAGACCCCUUCUUCAUCAUCGAGACUGCCUGCAUCGCCUGGUUCUUCUUUGAGCUGUGUGUGAGGUUUAUGGUCUGCCCUAGCAAAAAGGAAUUUUUCCACAACCUCAUGAACAUAAUUGACAUCAUAUCCAUCAUCCCUUAUUUUGUAACCGUGGUUACAGAAAUGGUCUCGACGCCACAAGAGAACUCAGGACAGAACAUGUCUUUGGCCAUCCUGCGUAUCAUCCGUCUGGUCAGGGUGUUUCGUAUUUUCAAGCUCUCGCGUCACUCCAAGGGGCUGCAGAUCCUGGGACAGACUCUGAAGGCCAGCAUGCGCGAGCUUGGCUUGCUCAUCUUCUUCCUCUUCAUCGGAGUCAUCCUAUUCUCCAGUGCUAUCUACUUUGCAGAGGUAGACGAGCCUAACACACAGUUUGUCAGCAUACCCGAUGGCUUCUGGUGGGCUGUGGUUACCAUGACCACUGUAGGCUACGGGGACAUGUGUCCCAUCACGAUGGGGGGUAAAAUGGUGGGCACCUUGUGUGCCAUCGCAGGUGUGCUGACCAUUGCUUUGCCUGUUCCCGUCAUUGUUUCCAACUUCAACUACUUCUAUCACAGAGAGACGGAAGCAGAGGACAAGGUGCCCUUGGCUAAUGGAGUUGAGCAAGCCAUGAAGACUGAGACAAGUACCAAACAGGGUAGCGACACCUCGCUCAAUAAAGCCAAUGGCAUCUGGCAGACUGACAAAGGGAAAUAACUGUACGAGAAUACAAUUUAGAAGGACAGACUUUGCCACAAAGUAGGAAAGAAAUAUCAAAGAAGAGGAGAAUAUGGAGGAAAUUAAUGAUUUCCCUUGAAAAAAAUGGUCUAAUGGGAUCAAUGAGAUAAAAUAUUUGUACCUACAGUGAAAACGUUUUAUAUGGAUAUACAGGAUUUACUGUACUUACCUCUUUUGUGUCUAAUAUGAAAAUGACACUUUGAAAAUAACAGACAAGCUGAAGAAUUCACCUAUGUUCAUGUCAAUGAUUGUAUAUCAACAUAUUUCAAGUUUAGCACUCUUCUUUUAGUUUCAUAGAAACAUAAAGAAAUCUGUCACUGUCAUAAUUCAGCAGUAUGUAUGUUUAAAGGAUUUUCUUUAUAUAAUUUUGGUCUUAUUUUAAUUGUCCUGGCCAUUAAUCCUAUAAUAGCAUUUUGCACACCAGCUUCACUGUUGAUAUUUGUGGACACAAUGACUCUUGACACAACUUUAAAGGCUGAUACACACCGACGUCGUUUUUUUCGUGCAAUUAAUUUGCAUGUCAAUAUAUUUUUCUAACUAUAGUUUUUAUCAUAGUACUUUCACACAGGACGCGAAUAUUACGCAGCAAAAAACUAAGUAAUUUUGUCGGAA